CCUGAAGGAAAAAGCUUCGAUUAGGGUUUAUAAACCCCACAAAAACACCUUUGUUUUCCCCGAAACAAUGUUCUAGACUCUAUAAUCAUCAAAAUUCUAGGGUUUUAUGUUUCUUCUCCCGUCUCCAUUCCCUCUCCCACUUUCAACUGGUGAUUUCGAGACUUGAGUUGAAGGUUAUACCUGUGCUACCGACUUUUGUUCUAAAGCUGUUUGUUUAAGUAAUACUAUUUUUUAGAUGUAUGUUCAAGGGAAUCAAAAUCCUCAGCCAGGGCAGGGUCCUCAAAAACCCAUAUCAUCUCCAUAUCCACAGCACCUGCCUGGUCCAUCUCCUCUACCUCAAUUCCAGCUAGGCCCUUCAAGCUUUACAUAUCAACAGCAUGGUCCUGCUGCACCUCAUCAAAUUCCACCUGGUGGUAGAUUGCCAAAUACAGGCCAAUCUUAUCUAUACCCACCUUUGCAUGUUCACGCAGGGGCCUCAUUGCCUCAUCUGUAUCUGAGUGCUCAACAGAACUCACAACAUAAUUCACAGUUAGGUACCCAGAAUGCACUUAAUAUGCCACAGCCAGUGCUUCCUCCUAUUAGUACAUCUCACCCAGAAGUUUCACAGACCCAGCCACCCUCCUAGAGCAUUACCUCCUCCACCACCUCAUAGAGAAUUACCUCCUCCACCACCUCCUCCUCAAUCUCAAGGGCAAGUAUUUUAUAGAGCACCAGUGAAUCCACCUCUGCAAUGGCCAGGACUUCAGCAGUUAUCAUCACAUUCACCUUUUCCUGCUACAACGAGUUUCUUCACUUCAGCUCCACUUGGAAGCUUCACACACUCAACAAGCACAAAUCAUCAUACUGCUCCACAUCCACUUCCACCCCCACCCCCACUGCCACUGCCACCUCCACCCUCCUCUCCACUGCCUAUCCAACCAUCUCCUCCACCUUCCACCUCUGUUUCCAUUUCAUCUUCUAAGCUUGCCCAGAAUGAUUCCAACUUGCCCUGUAAUCUGGAUAAUGAUGGGUCUAAGUUAAGUACUUCAGGUUCCAUGGACGACGCAAUGACUCCAAAUCAGGUCAACCCUGAUUUAAUUGCAGAUGAUGACUCUCUGAAUAAGGUUGGGGGAAAUGCCUGCAAUGUGGGUUUUAUGGUUGGAGAUAAGCUAUCUUUACAAGAAAGUUUGACUGUGGAUGUAUCUUCCCCUCUUCGUAAGCCAACAGAUAAAAAUCUCAUUGAAAGGAUUAAAGCUUUAUGCCUGUGCAUUGCUAAGAAUGGUCCUGAUUAUGAGGAUGUGGUUCGUAAAAAUGAACAUAGCAACCCAGAGUAUGCAUUUCUGUAUGUUGGUAAACCCGGAAGUGAGGAUGCUAUAGCGAAUGACUUUUUCCAGUGGAUGAAAAAGAAAAGUAUUUUGACCUGUAAACUAGAUGAACAGCAAGACGAUUCAUCUUUGAGGCCUUCAGAAAACGUGUAUCCGGAGCAAUCCUGUCCUUUGGUGAUUGCAGUCGCAUCUCAUUCGCCUGGUGAUUCUGACAUGGAGAUGGAAGAUGAUAUCACCCAAAUUGAUGAAGACCAGGGAAUGAAUCACUCAUCCAAAGGCCUGAACAAUCAGUGUGAUAUCAACAACAACAUGCUUAAUGUAGAAGAGCAGUUAUACUGUCACCCAGUGCAAAUAUCAACAGAUGGCAAUGAAAACAAGGACAUUUUAUCAGAAAAAGAAUUAGCUGCUGGCAGUUCAAGAUUGGGUAAAGAAGAUCCUAAAGGUAUAAAUGCUGACCAAAUGACAUUUGGUGCAUCUGUUUCCAAAACUAACUCGAUCAAGUCAACUGCACCUUCUAAACAACCUCUUGUCAUGAGUUUGGAGAGAUCAAAUACUUCUGUUCAACUUGCAGAAAGUGGCUGUCCAUUCAGACUUAUCCAAGACUAUGCUUCUGAUGACAACUUAGAAAAUGUUGAGGUUGGUUCUAGUGUUGAUAGUGAUAAGUUACGAAAGGAAUCUAGGCUAGUGGAAGAAAAUAUGACUCUUGGUUCUCAUCAUAAACUGGAUAAGUUUGGGCGAUUGAUCCGGGAUGGUGCUAGUGAUAGCGACUCAGAUGAUUCUUGCUAUAUUGGGAAAUAUAGAAGGGGAAGACCUCAGAGCAGAAAUCAGAGCCUUUCACCUCUAGAUAGAAGGAGAAAAAGUCCACGGAGGAGAAGGAAGAAGCGCAGCCUAUCUCGCAGUUCGUCUCCCAGAAACAAGAGAAGCAGGAGCAGGUCUCCCAGAAACCGGAGAAGCAGGAGCAGGUCUCCCAGAAACCGGAGAAGCGGGAGCAGGUCUCCCAGAAACCGGAGAAGCAGGAGCAGGUCUCCCAGAAACCGGAGAAGCAGGAGCAGAUCUCCCAGAAACCGGAGAAGCAAGAGUAGAUCUCCCUGUUUUCAGCAUACAGAUGAAUUCUGUGGUGAAAAGAAAAGACAUGUGAAGGGACAGAUGCCAUUCUGUUUUGACUUCCGUCGAGGCAAGUGCUACCGUGGAGUGUCUUGUCGUUAUAUGCACCACGACUCUGGCAAGAGUUAUGAAUCAAGGCGGCAAAGGAGCAACAACAGCAUCUGGAGUUGCCUCAUACUUCUAGGACUAAUAAUGUUCGUGAAGAGAUCAAGCAGAGCUCUGAGAAAAGAGAAGAUUCUGGUGAUGGAGGUGUUCAUUAUCAAGAUAUUCAAUCCAAUGAGUAUCACAUGGUUAACUCUGAUAGAUCUGGAGGCACCCUAACCUCUUUAUUCGAAACACACUUGUUAGAAAAGAAGCAGGAAGGGCCUAAUCCUGCCAGUUAUGAGAAUUGUCUAGAAGCAGCUGCAGACUCUCAACACCUGUCAACUAUGGAUAGCUCAUCAGUUGGCAAGAUAAAUACACUGAUGUCAUGUGCUAAUGCUUCUCAGCAAGUACCUACUUCUUUGUUCAGCCCUUCUGAUCCAGUGUGUCAACAUGCUAAUUGCCAACCUCAACAAUCAGAUAACUCAUCCAUGUCUGAUUCUUUACCGUGUAAAACAUCAAAAUCAUCGCUAAAUAUGCUUCCAGACGG